AAUCAACUUCCGAAUAAGAGAUGGACCCUCAAGCAAGCAGAACAAUUGAAGUGGCGGCACUCGGCCGGCCAUUCAGCCUCGGGAUGCUGUACGACUGCCGGCAGGAUUCACUCGUCCCUGGCCUGACACUGUGGGACUGUGAUGACCUGGAAAAAGAUACAAGAGAAAGACCGAAACCUAGCAGUGACUUUGAGAUGGUGGCAUCUGAAUCAAUUGAGGAUAAAUCUUCAGCACUUGAGGUUGAAGCCUCGCUGAAGGCAAGUUUCUUGAGUGGACUGGUAGAGGUUGAAGGAUCAGCCAAAUACCUGAACGAUAGCAAGACUUCCAAAAAUCAGGCCAGAGUAACACUGAAGUACAAAACUACCACAAAGUUCCAAGAACUGUCCAUGAAUCAUCUUGGAAAAGGCAAUGUUAAGCAUCCAUAUGUCUUUGAUCAAGGAAUAGCAACACAUGUAGUCACAGGAAUCCUUUAUGGGGCACAAGCCUUCUUUGUCUUUGACCGUGAGGUGUCUGUCAACGAGAACCAUCGAGACAUUCAGGGCAACUUGAAGGUGAUGAUCAAGAACAUUCCCUCCCUGUCAAUAGAGGGUGAAGGCUCGCUGAAAAUGGAAGACAAGGACAAAGCAAAUGAUGAGAAACUGUCCUGCAGAUUCUUUGGAGACUUUUUGAUUCAGAAACCUCCGACAUCCUUUCAGGAGGCAGUAGAGGUGUACCAAAGUCUGCCAAAGCUGCUGGGAGCCAACGGGGAAAACGCAGUACCAGUGAAGGUCUGGCUGUUGCCUCUGACAUGUUUAGAUUAUUCUGCCGCUAAACUUGUCCGUCAGAUAAGUAUAGGAUUAGUUGAAGAAUGUCAGAGUGUCCUGGAGGACUUCAGUGACCUGGAGAUGAGGUGCAAGGAUGCACUGAGAACCCAAACUGCACAGCAGUUCCCAGAGAUUGGAGAAAAACUCAAAACCUUCAAACAGAAGUGCUCUCAGUUCAAACUGGAAUUCCAACGAAACCUGGCAAAGAAACUUCCAUCAAUCCGAGGAGGAGGAGAAGAAGAAGCUGUGCUCGCAGAGGAACUGAGGAAGACAUGUUCUUCUCCUUUCAAGAGCAAGGACCUGAACGAGUGGAUGGACUGUAAGGAGAUAGAAAUCUCCAUUUUGAAGUCGUACACCAACAAGAUGAAAAACACCAAGAUCGUCCCACGCGAAAAUGAUCUUCAUGAAGAAAUUCUCAAAGCAGAGCAGGCUGUGUGUUUUGUCUUCACCUCGCUGGGAAGAGAUGAACCGUACCUCUCAACUUUAUCAAACUACCUGAAACAAACACCCAAACCAGCCGAUGCCAAAGAUCCACACCCUCCAGAUCUAGGAAAGGAACAAUGGUACCUCACAAACAAAGUAGCAGAAACAUUGAGGAACAAAGCAAAGCUCUUCAGUGAUUUUGCAGAGGCCAACAAGGAGAACAAGAACAUCACAUUUCUGAUGGUGGGUUUAACAAACGAGACACCGAAAGGUGCCAGCAUCUACCUUUACACAGACGGCUUUUCUGUCAACGAGAACUUUGAGCCGCCUUCAAAGCCUGCAGCAGUAACAGGAAGUGAUAUAAACCACAACAGUGUGACGCUGAAGAUUUCUCCACCCAGAUUUGGAGCAGAGGACAUCACCUCCUACUCUGUUGAGUACUGUGUCAGAGGAGAGGACGGCUGGAAACAAGAGACAGCAUCCAGAGCUGAAGAAGUCACAGUGAGCGGCCUGAGUCCUAACACAGAGUACAGGUUCAGAUGCAGGGCAGAGACACCAGUAGGUGCCGGGCCAGCCAAUGAAGUCAGUGGAUCCAUUCAAACCUUACCCUGCAGCCCUCCUGGAGAACUCCACGUUGAAUCUACCUCAGGUGAGAUAUCAGUCAGCUGGGAGAAACCUGCUGAGCUCGGACAAGAUGUCCAGGUUUUGAGCUACAUCGUGGAGUACGCCAAACCAGACCAACAGGGGAAAGAGGAAGAUCUCCACUGGGAGCAAAUGAUGGCGGGAGCUGAGAAGGCGAUCAUUUCAGGACUUCAGCCAGAGACAGAAUACGCUGUCAGGGUCAGGUGUGAUUGUGGUGCAGCUGGAAGAAGCAAAGAAAGCAUCGCUGUUAAUGUCCGCACAACUAAACGUGAAUUUGCACGUCUUGCAGAAUCCCUCAUAAGUAAAAGCAAGAGGAUCAACUCUGAAUCUCCCUCAGUUUACAAACUGCCUCUGACAGAAGAAGACAUGGACGUUGAAGGAUGCCGGAGGUACAACUUUGGCAAAGAAAGCAUGAGGCAAAAUUGUACAAUAAUGCUUCUCGGAGCAACUGGAUCUGGAAAGUCCACUCUGAUCAAUGGACUCAUCAACUACAUCGUUGGUGUAGAGUGGGAGGACGAUUUCAGAUUCAAGUUAGUUGACGAGGAUCAGUCGAGAUCUCAAGCUGAGAGCCAGACCUCUGAAGUCACUGUGUACAAAAUCAACCACCAAGAGGGCUUUAAAACCCCUUUCUCUCUGACCGUUGUUGAUACUCCAGGCUUUGGAGAUACAAGAGGAAUAGAAAGAGACAAGGAGAUCACAGAGCAAAUCAGGAGGCUUUUCACUUCUGCGAAUGGAGUCAGUGAGAUUGAUGCUGUGUGUUUUGUCACCCAGGCCUCUCUUGCACAGCCACACAACGAUAUGUGUUUGACUCUGUGCUCUCCAUCUUUGGCAAAGACGUGGCAGAGAAUAUUCAGAUGCUGGUCACCUUUGCAGAUGGCAAGCAGCCACCUGUUCUUGAGGCAAUAAACAACUCUAGGGUUCCAUGUCCAAAAAAUGACCUAGGGCUUCCAGUUUACUUCAAAUUCAACAACUCAGCGUUGUUUGCAGACAACAGAAGCAGCAGUGAUCGGGCCUGUGAGGAGAAUUCUGAUGAGGAUGAUGAUGACUUUGAUGAAAUGUUUUGGAAGAUGGGCAUCAAAAGUAUGGAGAAGUUCUUCAAUGCUUUGACUAAACUGACAACCAAAAGCUUGCUCAUGACCCAAGAGGUUCUAAAAGAAUGGAGGCAUCUUGAAGCGGCCGUUGAAGGUUUGCAACCGCAAGUAAAAGCUGGAUUAGCAAAACUUGAACAAAUCAAGACAACCAAAGAAAAGAUUAAAGAGCAUGAAACAGCCAUGACUUCAAAUGAAAACUUUGAGAUUGAAGUGGAUGUUAUUAAGCCAGUCCAAAAAGUGCUCACAAAGAAAGGAGAGCACAUUACCAACUGCCAGA